CGGCUGCAGCGCGAGGCGGCGGCGGCGGCGGCCGCGGCAGAACCAGCCUGGGAGCCGGCGGCGCAAGACACAUGCGUGCGGCCCGCGGGAGCCACAGCAGGAGCGGGAGUGGGAGCAGCGGCGAGCAGCGGCGGCGGCGGCGGCGGCGGCAGCGGCAACAGCAGCAGCAGAGGAGGCGGUGGAGAGCAGGCAGCGCGGAGCCAGGCGCCCCUGGCCCGGCCCGGUCCCCGCCUGACAGUCCAACCAGCCCGCCCCCGCCCCCGACGGCGCGUUCAUGCCCCCGGGGGUAUCAUUCUCUGCCUCUGCAUUGGCUCCCAUGGCCAGAGCGCAGCAGGACGGCAGCUCCCCAGAGCCAGUAGAGGGUCUGCCCCGCGAAAGCCCGAGAACCUUUCCCCUGGGGCGGCUCAUGCCCUCUGCGGUCUCCUGCAGCCUCUGCGAGGCUGGCCUGAACCCAUCUGCUGACUCCAUGUGCCCAGCCCCCGGCCCCGCGCUGGCGCCCCCGUCCCUCCUGCCGCUCGCCUACUUCUGCACUCGACAGCCCCGCGCCUAUGGGGGCCCCCGCUGGGCACGGGUGGCCAGAAGCCCUGUGCCCGGCAGCCAGGGCCAGAGUGGCUCCCAACCCUCUUUGGGUGAAAGGUCUGCCGAGGAAGAGGAGGACGGAGGUCAGGAGAGGGAGCCCCAGGUAGCAUCUCCGAUGUCUGGUGGCCCCCCGGGGGUGUUGGGCCCAGAACACGGGGACCAAGGAGAGCAGCAGGACCGGGAGAUCGGUGCCCAGCUCCGGAGGAUGGCCGAUGAUCUCAAUGCUCUGUAUGAGCAGCGGAGACGAGAGGAGGAGCAGAGACGUCACCUCUCACCCUGGAGGCUUCUCUACAAUCUCAUCUCAGGGCUCCUGGCCCCACACCGAGGGAACGGGAUCCCCGAAAUUGAGCCCAACUAGCCUCCAGUGCCCACCUUGCAGGACACCAUGUGUUGGGGGGUGCGGCUGGAGGAGGUCUGGAGGGCAGGACCUUCCAACCCCCCCCCUUCCUGUGGACUCUUGGCAAAAUGUAGCAUAUCAGACAUGGGCACAGAUGCCCCCUUUGGUGGGGCCUGGGUCGGGGCGAAUGACUCUGGGUCCAGCACUGGAAAAAGCCCCUGCCCGGAUUGCUUGGGAGGACAGUUGUGGGGGGGCGGGGGGCGGUUCGGGGCCAGACUGCUGAGGCUCCAGACCCGAGGAGGAGGGGGCCUGGUGGGAGGAGAGGGGGGACCUCUAGAGAGGAGGGGUCAGGUAGGGGCACCCAGGGAGUCUGAGGGGAAUGAAAGGUGACAGAGCUGUCCCCUCUGCCCCCUGCCACCUCAGCCUGGGCGACCUUCUCCCUGGCUUUUCUCGUCCUGCCCGAGCCGGCUGGUCUUUGGUGCUUUGCUCCAUGCCUUGUUGGAAUGAGCCAAAAACUAACCACUAGCUUCCCAGAGUCUGUAUCCCGUGGAGCCAGUCUCUUUCCUGAGCCGGCAGGUAACCCUGCCCCAGUUUUCAUUUCCUAGGGGAGGGGUGAGAAGGAAACAAGGGGGGGUGACCCUCUCUCCAGCCCCUCUAAGGCAAACCCACUGUGGAACUGAUAGAGAAAACAUGGGCUCCUCUGGGUCCCCUUUGCCCCAGGAGGCUGAGGGAGGCUCAGAGCCCCUUGGAAAGAAGGCUUGGGCUGACGUUCCCAGGGGGCAGGGCAGGGACCCUCCAAGCAGGAGGCUCUGGGGCA